AUGACUGUGACCGAGAAGCAUGCACUUGAGGCGCUGCGAGAUCCAGCAUUGAACAACUCAGUUGGUGAGGCCGCAGACGAUGGAUAUGAAAGCGACGAGUAUGGCGCAAUGGUCCUGGAUGGAACGGAGCCACUUGAUGUCAGUCAUGCUGGUGGUGAGUUUCAAGAACUCACCAGCGGGUUAUUGGGGGAAUUCUGGAAAAGCGCUUCUCAGAAGAUUGGGGGGAAAUGCCUGGAUUAUCGUAUGUUCCGGGAUCGUACUGCUAAACGGACGGCUGCAUUCAAUGUGCAAAUGGGUGCGAUGGUGGAAGCUUACAUGGCCUGGUCCUUGAUCUGGAAGGGUGCGAGUGGACGGGGAUUUUUUGAUUCGGAUGAGCGACAUACACGGGAAGAACAGCAGAGGAGCGACGGCGUAGACACCAGGCUACUCAGUGUACUGGUGUUAGACAUCUUCUGCGCUGAGAAGACUUCUAUAACUGUAGGGCCUACUGAUCAUUACCUAACUUCAGCUCUCGUGUGCCAUGGUCUAAUCCUGUGCUCUCCCAUUACCCCCAAGGUCGCCAUUACAGUGCAAGCUCUUGACCUGUACCACACUGUUCGUCAACGUUGCCCCCAUCUUUCCAUCCAGGGAUACAUCAAAUUGCUCUGCAAUAUACACGGGGUCCCAUUUCACAAUCACCGCUCAUGUCAAUUUUCCAUCGCGCUCGACAUUUACUUGCAAAUUUUAGCACUCGUCUCGAACCUUGUGCACCAGGCACUGCAGCGCGAUCAACCUGACUGGUGGCUCAAGCACGGCUGUCCUUCUUGUACUUACAAAUUGCAGGACGAACCGACAAUGCGAUUCAAGAUGCUAUUUGCUCAGGAUGGGAAUGACUCUCUCAAGAGAGUGGCAACCAGGGUACUGGACGGCAACCUCGAUGAUGCUUCCCCUCUUACCCCUUCUCAUCCUAUGCUGGAGGGUGCGUUUCAUCAUGAACAAUAUCUGACCCGUGAUUUUGUCGAGAAAUUUGCAUCCGGACAGCAGACAGGUCACAGCAUCGUUGCGGAGGAUGGUGAUGGGAACCUUUGUGCGGAGUGCUGGAAAAACAUGAAGGACAGUGCUACACAAAAAAUGUGGAGCGUAUUUGACGAAACAGGAGUCUUCAUAGCAGUCUGUCGGCAUGGCUUCUGCCUGCUUAUCGCAGAUAUGGUACAAAGUGGCGAACAGUCUAAGUAUGCGCUCGCGGUGACGUCCAAACUCCUCGACGUGUUUUGGCUAUGUCAGUUAGACAACCUCACAACCUACGUCGAAGGUCUCAGACUCGAAGAUCUCGAAGGUUGUGAGAGGGCUUUUUCAAAGAGCAAUGCCCUUGUGCCAUCUACUCGAUACAUGUCAAUUUUUCACAGAAGGCAGGCAAUUGUGUGCUAUAUUGAACACAAUGACAAACUGGAAGUGUACGCAAAUCUCACAAAGUUCUUACUGAAUAACUACAAACAAGCCCUCGAUCUUCUUUCUAAUGGCUGCUUGACCCUCGAACGGCUGAUGCACGAGCUAGGAGUAAGCGACCCUGACACCUUUAAGCUUUGGUUGGAUGAAGAACGUGAAUAUCUCAGGUCCCUCCUGCGCGAGCCUGUGGAAGAAACGCUGCAGAUGGAAUAUUGGCAAUGGCUUGUAAAUCUAGCUGGGAGCAGCAAACACCUCGAGUCAAUCCUAUCUACAUGGACUGUCAUUAUGGCUAACGAUGCAGCGUCCCCUUGGAGUGAUAGCAGUGUGACAAGGAAAGUGGAGACCAUGCACCACCAUGCCCAAGAGAACUAUGAAAAGGACUUGAAGGCUGUACAGGAGCUCGAGGGACGCCUCGAGAUAACAUGCCGCUGGGUACCGGAGGACGAGGAAUGGCAGGCGGCAGCCUGCCUGGUCACCAAUCGAAAAUAUCAAUGGGCAUUGGAUAACCUGUCAAAGAUGAACCAGUCUGGCACUGGCUAUAAACUUCGUAAGCACAUUGGCAAGGCCUUGCAAACAUGCUCAGCUGCCAUCCGGGCUGCCCUCUCCCAAUAUAAUGCUGCAGCCAAAGUCCUCGGCCAUCAAACACUGGAAUUUGAGGAGGUUGUUGAGUACGCAUUCCUAGCUGACUUUGACCUUCUCAGAGAUAUGCGGAAGGACAUAUCGACCCGCCCGUGGGCGUCACCCACUGCCCACCUUGCCAUAAACAUGUAUUUCAAGUUAUGCCAGGCUGAGGAAGAAGUGGUUCACCUGAAUGUGGAGAUUCGUCGUGUUGUUACAUAUCUUAUUGACGAAGACCGCUACCUCCGGGCUUGUGAAGCCCUCUACCAGGAUACCAACCCUGCACUUGCAUACCAAAUUUCUAGGUACUGUGCCAUCCGCUCCCGAUUCACCCCAUUGCACCUCCAUACCCUCGAAAAAAUAUCCCAUCUCCCCAGAUUCAGGGGUACCCUAACCCCUGGCAUUAGUGUAUCACGUGGCCCAGGGGAUAGUGCACAUGUCCCACAGCGGGUCCCUAUACAGUCCGUAUUGUCAUCCCCACCUAUUUGUACAGAUGAUGGCGAAGAGGAGGCCGAUGAAGACCUUGACGAUGAUCAUGGGGAUGAUUUGGAGGAGCAAUGCGAGGCAUUGCAGCAUAUCCUAAGUGUUACUACGGACACAUAAGUAGAUAAAUUACUUAAAUGUCCUUGCAUCAGUUGACUUUGGCGAGAAUAUGGGAUUUCAUGUGACAGGGCACUAGCUGCG